CUCUCGUAAUCUGCUAAUCGAAUUUGGAUGGAAUAUCUGACAUCUUCAGAGCAACCAGUCUUUCUAGGAGCUAUUUUGCAGUGGUCGAAGGAAAUACAUUCGGUCAGGUAAAUCGCGAGUAAACAACAAACUUGCGAACAAAAGUGCGAGGUUUACAAAGGCUCUAUUAAUCAACAAUUGUAUCUUAUGGUAAUAGCGUCAAAGAACUGUUUAAACACUUCAAUGCGAUUGGUCAACAUUAGAAUCCAUUAGAACCCACGGGAUACUGGCCGGAACGUUCGAUCUAAUUUCCAUGACUUGAGGUUCCGUGCGUUAAAUGAAGUGAAAAGAUUGAGUCAUAAAUGUCUUAACUACGUGGAAAUUGACUUUCUGGAGAGGUGACCUAAAUGAGGACGUAUCAAGGUAGUUUUACAACGAAGGAACCAACAAUUCGCCGGCAAACACAAUAUGAGCUCUAGUAAUAAGGAAUUGUUUGUCAACGGUUCUUCGUUCGAAGACGAGUAUGGGACUGCGAGACUCGCAUCCGUUAUUUAUCUGUGUGCCGUAGGAGUUUGUGGGAUUAUUGCAAACUGUCUGGUGAUUUUUGUAUUUUGGAAAUACCCAAAGCUCAGAACAGCCGCUAAUUUGUUUAUUCUGAACCUGGCAUUCUGCGAUGUGAUGCUUUCCAUCUUAGACAAUACUUUUUCAAUCGCGUCCACGUUGUAUGGAAGAUGGUUGUUUGGUCGCGCCGGUUGUGUUGUGUACGGGUUUUUCCACUACUUCUUCAUCUGCUGUACCGUUUCAACGCUAGCGGCGAUUUCUGUGGAUCGAUUCUUUUUUAUCACCCGGCCGAGCCAGACCCGGGCUGUUCAAGUAAUUACGAGACGAAAGGCGAUUGCAAUAGUACUCAUAAUCUACCUUUAUACCUUUUUGUUUACAUUUCCUCCAUGUGUUGGAUGGAAUUCGUUUGUGGAGGAAAAAGUUUUUUUCAGUGGCUGUUACAUUAACUUUGGCGAUCAAAGAACCUCCUCUAUUGUUUAUUCAGUUAUUGCACUUUUUUUUCUUUUCCUCGUGCCUCUUUCAGUGAUGAUCUAUUGCUACGCGCGCAUUUUUGUCGCUGUACGCCGAAGUACGCAGCGUACAAUUGGAAGAUCACUUGGAACGCCGAAUUCUGUCAAGAAGCGGUAUCCCGUCUUAAAGAGAACACACAUACAGACUGCGAAAAUGAUCAUAGUUGUUAUAUUUUUCUCCAUGAUCGUGUGGGUACCUUAUGUUGUCGUCUCGUUGAUCAAAGCUUCGGAUAGCUACAUUGACCCUCUCCUGUCACACAUUACAGUUGUGGUUGCUAAGUCGUGCGUGAUUUACAAUGUGCUUAUCUACGUGAUGUUAAACCGCAAGCUUAAAGCUGCGAUUUUGGAUGCAGUUUGUUGUGGGAGGCAAAGCUUUUUCCUAAUCGGAUCACCAAGUUCCGCCAACAACGUGAACAGAAAUAGAAUCAGUCGUAUUUUGAGCGAAACGGAGGUUCCUUCUCAAGUCGUCGAGGCCCAGAAGAAUAGAUUGAGUGCUUUGACACUGCAGCGAUCAAACGAGAAUAUGCUCGAAGAAUUUUCUGAUCAUCUUUCUCCGCCUUUUAUCCCGAAGGUAAAGAAUGGUGUUGUGAAAAGCGUAGAGUUUAAAGAUGGCCAAAGAAGAGACACAGUCUUUGGUACUAGUAAAGAGGAGUUGGAAGAAGUUCUAAAUGGAAGAGAUCCCAUACCGGCAUCAGAGUCUAAUGGUGAUACUUUUCACCAUGGAGAAGAUUUUUAUUCAAGACGAAAAAAAGUCUCAAAAAUACAGCGAUCUUUGAAUGGAAAUCAUAUGGGUAAUGGAUCAUUAAUUACCUUGCAUGAUGGAACAUCUGAUCAGAAUCAUUCGCGACAGGGUGCUAGUGAAAAGAGUACACCUUUGAACGCGACAGAUGUAACGUCGCCACGCAAUGGUACACUACCAAUUGAAAGAACACAACAUUUUACGCACGUAACAAAUGAAACGCCUCUGUGUACUUUACCACGAGAAACAGCUGGACAGAAUCUUCAACGCGUCUGUCACCUUUAUUCUUCGGCUACUAAUCCGCGAUCGCAAAAUCUUUCUUCACCAUCGCAGAUGUACAAGAAAGGUACAAGACCUGCGAGCGCGCAACGAGUAAAGAAGAGAGAGUCACCCGAUUCGAGUAUUCCGCGCGCGAGUACGAGCACUGAUCAAGAAAGCGAUCUCUCGAGGACUUCUCGCGAGGGAUCUUUCGUUCAACGAUCGGUAAGUAAUUCACACAAAACUAAGAAACUACGAUCUGGAAAUCGUAGAACGAACGGGAAAAAUACGAUGCCAUCGCGAACGAAAAGUCACGCAAGUUAUGGGAGAAGGGGCCACAUAUCAAACAGGGAUCCACUCCAAACUUCCGCCCAUGAAUUGCUGGAAAUACAGAAUUUUUGGAAGCGCAUGAGUCUGUGUCUAGACGAUAUUGAUCUGGAUGAAGUGACGAGAGAGAUGGAAAUGGUUUGAUUCGUGGUUUUGGAUCGACUUAGUAUCACGUUUCACGAAAGAGCGCGAUAUGUCUUAGCGCAGAACGCGCGCGAUGUAGUACGUGAAAUGGCACUCAAUUUCGACAGAUUGUGGAAAACGGGCGAUAUGAUCAAAUAAAAUAUUUUUAGGCUGAGACAUUUAUAGAGUAAAUUAAUUCAAAUGUUGAGACGUGAAAGGGUUAUUUUGAUUUUAACGUGGUGCCUUUUAUAUAGUGUCAAUUGCGAAGCAUUUACAAAGAAAAGUAUUUCCAAUGUUGAGGCGCGUUAAAAGAUUACUUAAAUUCUAUCUCAGCGCUGCAUCAUGGCCUUAGUGCUUUUUUAUUGUAUUUUCAUAAAUUUGUUUAUGAACCGUCAACACCGCCCGGUUUUUUUUUCUUUUUUUUUUUCACUCUCUCUCUUGAAGCAGCAGCUUAAGUGUGUUUUGACUUUUUCACCUGAAUCUUUAGAGGAUUUUAAAUUAAUCAUUCCACAAUUUUUGGUUCUAGUUUAGACAUCAGAAUUAUUUUCUGGUCGUGUACUUCAGCAAAUCAUGGCGACGAACAUUUUAAAAGAAAUUUCGAUCUUCAAGGCAGCGCGUUAAGCAAAUGCAAAUCUCCACAAAUCAUCUUGAAUUCAUGAGUUUUUUCAAAGUGAAUGCUGUAAAAAAUUCUUGGGGCCAAGAUGGUAAGAGGGUAUGUAAGUAGGACAGUAUUUCUUGAAUUUUUCCCAACAGGAGAUAAAGAGUGACUGCUUGGGAGUUAAAUUUGACGGAAGUUGAAGCGUGUUUUUACGAAAAUGGCAAAACUGAAAUCUGAUCAGUUUACUCAUCGUUUCAAUAUUAUUAAUUAACACCGCAGAAAUAUAAUCUUAAGCUGAACAAAAUGCAACUGUUUUCGUCUUAGUCCACAAACGGAAAAGCGAGCGUAAACUGAGUUUAAUUUUUGCCGUUUGCCGUAAACAGCCCUUAACUUUUCUGAAAACGUUUUUUCUUGAUAGAAUGUGAAAAUGUUGUCAUUUAUUUAUUGCAAGUGACUAAGAGACCGCCUUAUUUAAAUUGUAACUGUGCUCUCUUGUUGUAUCUCGGAGGAGAGAUGUUUAUUUGAUUGAUUUUUAAGGUUUAAUACGCGCUAUACCUAUAUCAAAAAGAAUAGAAACGUUUCUAUUAUGGGAAAUAAUUCAUUUCCUCAAGUUAAAAUGUUUUGUUGAGUUUUCCAAAGUUCAUAAUAAUUUUUUUACCAAUAUUUUUUUUUUGGGUUUCUAUUCCCUUCAAAUUUUUAUUGUUUAAACUGCAGAGAGCAAUAUGUAUUGAAUGAAAUUCUGAGUAGAACGGAAUCUUUGUAUGAAUGGCGCCGAGAACGUAAGGCGCACAUUUCAUGUUGCUCGCGCAAUUUAGACACAAUACUCGCUCUUCGGGUGAGUAUGAGGAAAUGUACGCUGAAAUCUAUUUACGUUAAUUUUAUCACACCCGUUUGUUAUUGCAUCACGGAAUUCAUACACACGUUAAUAUAAUAUAGUUAGAGUUUCAGAUUUUAUAGGGCGAACACAAAAAUUUGAUGACCAUUUCAAUUAAAAUUUCACAAUUGAUUACUUCUA